AUGUCUAAUGCUAUGAAAAAUUUCCGUUGUGAUUAAGUAAUGUAACAUGUUAAUUAUUAUAUGUUGUUUGGGGCCUUCAUGAUCAUUUACAUUAGAAUAAUAGUUUUCUACGGGAUUGCUACCAUGAUCAGCUAUUCCGUGUUCAUGGCGCUUACAAAAGUGCCGAACUCAAUAAAAAAAAGUUAUUAGCAAUACCAUAGAAAACUAUCAUUCUAAUGAUAAUGAUAAAUCAUAAGAUUUUAUAUUUACAGAUCCAGUCGACUUAUGAGGCCCGUAGGAAAACUUAUUGCUGAAGUCUUAGCUGAGCUAACGAAAGAAGGUUUGAACCCUACCAAACUGGAGUUGCUAGGUCUCAGUCUCGGAGGACAAACUAUCAGCUUCAUAGCAAAAAGUUACCAGCAACUGACUGGCAGAAACGUAUCGAAAUUAACAGGAUUAGAUCCCGCCGGUCCCUGCUUCAGACAACUUGGACCGGAAGACAGAUUGACGUCAUCAGAUGCUGACUUCGUCGAAGUAAUUCAUAUGAACAUCGAUGGGUACGGUAUGGCUGCUAGGAUGGGCCACGUGGACUUCUACGUGAACGGUGGAGAGUUUCAACCAGGGGAUUUGUACUUAUUCCCUUGUGCGUCACUCUGCAGUCACAGUAAAGUGUUCUUUCUAUGGUUGUCUGCUAUGAAAAAUCCUGAUAAAUUCGUUGCUAUCAAAUGUGACAGCAUCCAGCAAGCAAGAGAUGCCGAGUGCUACGAUCGAGAGCCUAGGGAGACUAAUCUGUUAGGUCCGAAGGUCAACAGAAGCGUCCAUGGUAUCUUUUACUUGUCUACCACCCGAGGAUACCCGUAUUACUUAGGUACGAAAGGUCUAGAUCCUGCUCAUGUUGCUUGGAAGCAUUACAGUGAAUUGAAUUCCCGUGACAACGAAGAAUUUCAUGUCUAG